AUGAAAGAUGCUCCAUGGCAGAGCGAUACCUGCAGAACACAGAGCCAAGAGAACAAGCAAAGAUUAUGCCAUGAAGAAAAUCACAUUAGGAUGCUGAAACAGCUGCGGGGUGCCUGCCAGUUUACUCCAAGUGACAGCGGCUGGGAAACUCCAUCCCAGAGCCUCCUAAUGGAUCAGAGCUGCCUGGAAGCCAUCGUGCCUGUUAUAAAUAGGGGGACAUAUCUACACAAUGGCCCCCAGUUCCCAGAGAUAGACCUCUCCCUGAUUUUUGUUUGUGAUCAGUUAGAUGGGACUUCCACAUCUUGUGACAGAGAAGAAUCCUUCUUAGCGGCGGCAGAAAGAUUCCUGCAGGAAGAGAACAGAAGAGCUCAGGACUUUGAGAGGAUUUUGAAUUCUCACAUUGAGGAACUGCAGAGACAGUCUGAGGACACUGUGACCAAAUACACAUCACACGGAUACGGCACAUGCAUUACCGCUUCCUGA